UCGGUAUCUCGCCGUCCUCUUUUCAUUCAUCUCAUGUUCGAUCCAUUACCUCCAUGACACUGACACCACAUGAUUCCUGUACCAUGCAAUCCUGAAGUUCAUAUUUCACACAGCUUAUUUAUUCAUCUUCUUCUAUAUCUUCAUCUGCAUUCAUGUUAGUUUAGUGUUCGAUAAAAAGAACAUUCUUGAAAUCACCAACUUCACAUAACAAAAUGUGGAGACUCUGUAGCUUCUAAAGAAGUUGACGGGGCACAAAAGAGAGCUCUAUUGACAUUAUUCACUUUUCUGCAUAAUAUCUGUUUGAUUUUCAGGCCAUUACUGAUAGUAGCCAUCUCAGGGAUACAUGAGCUGUCAUUUUAGGGACGAGCUUGCGAAAGUUAAGGUAAUGGACAAAAUGGGAAGUAAUGAUGCUUCAAGUGGCAUGAAUGGAGAUGAUACCUUGUAUAUUCACAAGGUGGGAGCUCCUCCAAAGCAGAAGCUUGUAAAGGAGAUCAAAGAUGCAGUGAGGGAGACUUUCUUCUCAGACCAUCGUUUACGCCAUUUCAAAGACCAGCCAAGAUCAAGGAAGCUUGUUCUUGGACUUAAAGCUGUGUUCCCAAUCCUUGAAUGGGGAAGAGAUUACAGUUUUCAUAAAUUCAAAGGUGAUCUUGUUUCUGGACUCACCAUUGCUUCUCUCUGUAUUCCUCAGGAUAUUGCAUAUGCAAAGCUUGCAAAUCUGGAUCCUCAAUAUGCACUAUAUUCAAGCUUUGUGGCUCCGUUGGUGUAUGCUUUCAUGGGAAGCUCAAGGGAUAUUGCCAUAGGACCCGUUGCUGUGGUGUCCCUCUUGCUUGGAAGCAUGCUCACUGAUGAGAUUAGUGACUAUAAGAAUCAUGAUUAUCUCCGCCUUGCUCUCACAGCCACCUUCUUUGCAGGAAUCACUCAAAUGGCCCUAGGGAUUCUCAGACUAGGUUUCUUGAUUGAUUUCCUAUCCCAUGCUGCCAUAGUGGGAUUCAUGGCUGGAGCUUCCAUUAUUAUUAGCCUGCAACAGCUCAAAGGGCUACUUGGAAUAGUCAAUUUCACCAAGAAGACUGAUAUUGUUUCUGUCCUGCACUCAGUUUGUAGUACAGCACACCAUGGGUGGAACUGGCAGACUAUAGCCAUAGGAGUAUCAUUCUUGAUCUUCCUUCUAGGAAGCAAGCACAUGGCUAGAAAGAACAAUAAAUUCUUCUGGCUGUCUGCAACUGCCCCCUUGAUCUCUGUUGUAUUGUCCACGUUUUUCGUCUACAUUACUCACGCUGACAAAAAAGGCGUAUCAAUUGUGAGGCAUAUAAAAAAAGGCGUAAACCCAACAUCAGCAAAUGAAAUAUUCUUCAGUGGAAAGUAUCUCGGCUCUGGUAUUCGGAUUGGUGUAGUGUCUGGUAUGAUAGCUCUCACGGAAGCUAUAGCGAUUGGGAGAACUUUUGCUGCUAUGAAAGACUAUUCACUUGACGGCAGCAAAGAAAUGGUGGCAUUAGGAACAGUGAAUGUUAUUGGAUCACUCACUUCAUGUUAUGUAGCUACAGGAUCCUUUUCUCGCUCAGCGGUGAACUUCAUGGCUGGCUGUAAUACUGCUGUGUCAAAUAUUGUCAUGUCCAUUGUUGUGUUGCUAACUCUGGAACUCAUUACACCAUUGUUCAAGUACACCCCACUCGCUGUACUGUCUUCCAUUAUCAUUGCAGCCGUAAUAGGCCUUGUGGACAUAAAAGCUGCUAUUCUGCUUUGGAAGGUUGACAAAUUUGACUUUGUAGCUUGCAUGGGAGCCUUCCUUGGUGUCAUUUUCAAGAAUGUUGAGAUUGGCCUUCUUAUUGCAGUGGUUAUAUCUUUUGCGAAGAUCCUUUUACAAGUAACAAGGCCAAGCACAGCAGUACUUGGGAGGGUUCCAGAAACUUGUGUUUAUAGAAACAUUCAACAAUACCCAAAAGCAACACAGGUUCCUGGCAUACUGAUUAUCAGAGUUGAUUCUGCAAUUUACUUCUCAAACUCCAACUACAUCAAGGAGAGAAUUCUGAGAUGGCUGACCGAUGAAGAUGAAAAGAAGAAAGAAAACAACUUACCCAGAACAGAAUAUCUUGUAGUUGAGAUGUCCCCUGUGACUGACAUUGACACUAGUGGCAUCUGUGCCUUUGAAGAGUUACACAAGAGCCUUCAGAAAAGAGAAGUCCAGCUCGUGUUGGCAAACCCUGGGACGGUAGUGAUGGAGAAGCUGCAUGCAUCAAAACUGACAGACUUAAUUGGGGAAGAUAAGAUUUUUCUUACAGUAGCUGAUGCUGUUGCUACCUUUGGUCCAACCAUUGAAUUGCCCUGAUUCUUAGGCCAACUUAGCUUCCUUUGACUUGUGAUCAACUUCACUUAAAGAAAUUACAAGGGGAAAAAAGUUGUUUCCCUUGUAGCAUUGAAGAUAUACAUAUACAUAUAUAAAUAACGCAGUAGUAAAAGAAAGCUGCAGUGUAUAAUAAUGGUCAUUUUGAUCUAUUAUGUCAGUUUUCUUUAUCCUUUAGAAAUGGCCUUUUUUUCUUUUUAAA